UGUGAGCACGCAUGUGGCUGUUGAAGAACCUGCAGAGAGUUUGGAGUAAAAGUAUUCUCAUCCAGUCUCACGGACAGACCCGAGGAAAGAGCCCCCAAACCUUGAGAGAAACCAUGAGGAUGCUGGCACUGCCUCUGCUCAUCAUCAUCAUUUUACACAGUCCUGUCAGCCUAUCAGUGACAGUAAGCAGCAGUAAACCCAAAGUGGAGGUUCACGAGCACACGGACGCUGUGUUGUCCUGCGAGUUCAAGACAGAGAAAGAUCAGAACCCUCGCAUCGAGUGGAAGAAGAAAGGAAAGGGAGUGACUUUUGUUUACUUUAAUCACAAAUUUACUGGGUCUUAUGCUGGACGGGCUAAGAUAGAGGGAGCCACGCUGACGAUACACUCUGUCACUCAGAAAGACUCGGGCGAGUAUCGCUGUGAGGUGACUGCCAGCGAGGACCAUGUCAACCUCGGAGAGACUACUGUAACACUCAAUGUUCUUGUGCCACCUCAUGUCCCUUCCUGUAGCAUUCCCAGCUCCGUGUUUGUCGGAUCAGGCCUGGAGCUUGUCUGUAAGGACAAACUCAGUGUGCCUCCUGCUACCUACCGUUGGUACAAAGACAACAAAGCGCUAACGGCCACGGGAGAUACUCCUUACAGCAUUGACACAAACAAGGGCACGCUGAAAUUUAAAAGUGUGUCCAAGACAGAUGCAGGGAUGUACCGCUGUGAGUCUUCUAACAGUGUGGGGGCGCCCAAGAGCUGUGUGGCUCAACAACUCAAAGUUAUUGACUAUCCUUUCAAUAUGACCAUUUUAAUAGCAGGUGCUGCAGGUUUGGCAGUGCUCAUCCUUUUCUGCUGCAUCUGUGUGUGUGUCUGCAGACGCACACGCUGCUGCAAAAAGAGCAAGAAAACAAAAAGUGCCAAGUCCUACAACCCUCCUCCUCCUCCUCCCCCUCCCACCCGCAAUCUCAGGCACUACAAACAAACUCAGUCCUUCAUGAUCUGAGGGCGAAGCCUUCUUCCUCUUUGACAUCAAACCAUCCAAAAUCUAAAGUUACUGCAAUCACUGCUCAACACACAGGAAGGUUGUUCGACUGUCGCCUCGCUUUUGGAUGGCUGCUUGAUGCCGUCUGGGAUGGACGUGAAGAUUGAGACAUCUUGAAACAUCAAGCAAAAGAAAAAAGGUGUUAAGCAUCUAGCAACGAUUUUGCUCUUUGUAAAUAAAACUGUGCACUGACAGUUUAAAGGAAGUUCGAGUUUAUGUCAAAAUGUAUGACUUUACCACUUUUUCAAAUGCUGUUUAACUGUUUUUACGAUAUUCUUUGUCUUCAGUGUAUCAAGACACUUUUAAAACCUUUUUUUUUUCACCUUCCCUUCAGAGUAAGUUUUGGCUCUUUAGUCCCACCUACUGGUCAUGAACUAACUACCCACAGUAUUACAGUAUACACUAAACCAGGGGUAUUCAACUCCAGGCCUUGAGAGCCCCUGUCCUGCAGGUUUUAGAUGUGUCCCUGCUUCAACACACCUGAGUCAAAUAUAGAAGUCAUUAGCAGGACUCUGGAGAACUUGACUGCAUACUGAGGAGGUAAUUCAGCCAUUUGAUUCAGGUGUGUUGGAUCAGGGACACAUCUAAAACCUGCAGGACACCGGACCUCGAGGCCUGGAGUUGAAGAGCCCUGCACUAAACUAUGGAUCUUCUUCCUGCUUUCACUUAAUAUUUACAUACAGAGAUAUUAUUUUAUAUAUUGGUAUCUUUCACUUUGUUUUGUUUUACUUUUUUUUUCUAAACCUUUUUGUAAGUUGACCUCAUGUUAUCUGGUCUGUAUUUUCGUAUUCUCUCUUUGGUUUAAUUUUGCUGAAAUUCAAAAUAAUGUAAAAUUGAGUGACAGAUGAACAGGUGUCUGCACACACUGAAUGGUGUUUUGGAAAAUUUGUAAAUAUUUUAUACUCGACUUUUUU